CUUCAUCUUUCAUUCUUCCUCACCUUACAAGUUCAUUGGCAAAGGAAACUCAUACCAAAUCUCAGGAACAACUAUAACGGGACAAUACCCAACUCCAUACACAGGAAACACAGGGAAAAAAAAAGAAAACUUAUCAAAAUGUCUCCUACACAGUCUGCUAACAAGAGUCCCUUCAAGAAAUCCGAUAACCUCUUGUUCGAUCCUGCUCUUAUCCCAGCUGAGCUGCAGGAUGUUCUACCUCCAGGUUAUGUCGUCCGUCCUUUGGCCAAAACUGAUAAUCAAGUCCGAUCUAACACUUCAUUCCUCAAGACACUCGAGGUCCUUACAACCGUGGGAAACAUCUCGGACGAAGCCUUCCAGAACCGUUUCCAAUACUUACAGGAGCGAAAUGAUCAAUACUAUACCAUCGUGAUCGAGGACAUGAAUGUCCCCGCCACAUCAGCAACAUCGGCCACUUCAUCAACGCCUUACUUGGUCACGCCUGGACGUGGCAAGAUUGUCGCCGCAGGCACAGUGUUUGUAGAGCGCAAAUUUAUCCAUGAGCUCGGUAUGGUGGGUCAUAUUGAGGAUAUCGCAGUCUCUGCAGAUCAACAAGGGAAAAAGCUUGGUCUCAGGAUCAUUCAGACUCUCAUGGCAAUUGGAGAACGAGUUGGUUGCUACAAGGUCAUUCUUGACUGCUCUGAGAAGAACGUACCCUUUUACGAAAAGUGCGGUUUUGAACGCAGGGGUGUCGAAAUGAGCUGGUAUGUCAAGAAGCCUAAGGAUUUCAAGCCCAAGCUUUAAUGGUACUAGACACAUUGAUCGUUUUCCAUUUCCCUACACAUAUAUCCCUCCAUGAACAGGAUAAUAAUUCUGCUCUUUCUGUUUAAACAUAAUUUCAUUUGUCCUUAUCUUUAUUCCCAUUCUUAUCUUUAUCCUUUUGGUAUUGUUUUUUUGUCGUUGUUCUAUUCAAGUAACCUUUUGGCAAGAAAGUGUGAACGAAUCUAUCACUAUCAUUAUGACAGUUACUUUACAAUCUCCAUCUAUACUUUCAUUGUUUUCUCAAGUUUAUGCAUAUGAAUAAAGCGUAAGGAUAAGAAAAUUUGCUCUCA